ACUACAUGUUGAGUACAUAAAGAUUGAAAAAUAACUUGAGUAGUACUUGUGAACUUUUUAGCAUAAGACCCUUAUCGGUCUCGGUUGUCGAUCAAGACGUUUCAAAAUGACGUAUUUCAGCAAAGUUCUACUCGUUACUGUGGCAUCAUCAGCAGCUGUAAUUUCACCACCUGCAUCUUCUGCGUCUGCUGGAAGAGCUGGAGCAGAAUCUUCAGGAGCUGGAGCUUCUGGGGCAGGGGCAUCAACUGGUGUUGCAUCAGUAGCAUCUCCAACUGCGUCAGUAGCAGGGGCAGCGUCUACGGGCGCUGGUACUGCAUCACUAGCACAUUCAGCUGCUAGUACGGCGUCAGUAGCAUCUCCAGCUGCGGGUAUGGCAUCAGUAGCACAUUCAGCUGCUGGUACGGCGUCAGUAGCAUUUCCAGCUGCUGGUACGGCGUCAGUAGCAUCUCCAACUGCUGGUGCGGCGUCUGUAGCAUCUCCAACUGCUGGUACGGCGUCUGUAGCAUCUCCAGUUGCUGGUACGACACUGGUUUCAUCUCCAACUGAUGCAGUAGCAUCAACUACGGCGUUAUGGGCUUUGGCGCCCAAGAUCUGA